AAGACACAUUCUCUGUCAUUUUUCUUUGGAGGUAGCAAAAAAGUGGAAUAUCCUGCAGAUCACUCCUGGUACAUACAAAAAUCUUGCCUGCUCCAGUGAUUGAUGAUAUUCUGCAACCAGAAAAAGUUGUGGAAGUUCUGCAUUCACAAGAUGAGGCUGUGUCUCCUACUCUGCGUCCUCUGCCUGAUGACUCCUGUUGGCUACAGUCAACUUCCAGGUCCCCCUGGUCCCACAGGACCUCCUGGACCAAUGGGACCUCCUGGACCCCCUGGAGCCAAGGGACAACGUGGAGACAUUGGAUUCAUGGGAUUCCCUGGACUCCCUGGAAGCCCUGGACUUGCUGUAAUGUGUGGACAAGAUCUACUUGACUUUGUUGACCAGGACCUUGAAGCCUUAAAGAAAAGCCUUUCUAAGUUGGAGCUGACUGUAAACUACGAGUUUGUCCGGAAUGUUGGUCAGAAAUACUUCGUGUCAAACAAGGAGAGAGGCUCUUUCUCCCGGGCCUUCGAGUUCUGCUCCCAACAAGACUUAGAGCUGGCUUUGCCCAAGAACGAGGAGGAGAACAAUGCACUGACUCAGUUGUUUGGUGAAAUGGACAAAAUGGUCUGGAUCAAUGUCAACAAUAAAAAAGCAGAGGGUAAUUUUGAGACAGAUAUGAAUAAAAGUCCUCUGACCUUCACCAAAUGGGGUGAAGGGCAGCCAAACAAAUCUGUCGGGGAUACAGGCUGCACCAUGCUGUCAGAAAACGGUGUCUGGCGAGUGUCACAAGAUUGCUCUGUGAAUGCUUACAUCAUUUGUCAGAUAUAAAAAUAUAUUGUAUCCUUUGCAAGUCUUGCUUUAAUGGAAAGUUUUUCAUGUACUCAGUCUUAUCUGGUGUAUGAUAAAGUAUUGCUUAACUGUGUUGACGCUGUGCAGGGGAAGAUGCAGUUGCAUACAUACAGAUGCAAAGUGUCCAUGCUUCAUAUAUUUACCACAGACAAAUUGUCCAGCAGGAUGCAGUUUUUUGCCAGAUUUGCUACUUGAACAUGACACAUGUGUAACCAAUGCUACUGCAAAGUUGUAUUCAGUAUAAAUGCUUCUUUCAAA